UCCGCCGCUGGCUGCGUCACUUCCGCCGCUGGCUGCGCCGCUCUGAGCCUCUGUGUUGGACCCCGCUGGCGUCAUGUGGGACCGGGAGAUCAGAGCCAUGGCGGCCUCUCACGCCGUCACCGCCGCCGCGCUCUUCAUGGCCACGGUUCUACCUGCGGCGCUCGUCCGCGGCUUCUCGGUGUACGGGACGCACCUGCUGUGGCUGUACGCGGCGUCCGGGGCCGUCAGCGCCGCCAGCGUGGCCGUCUACUGGCUGCUGGGCGUCACGCCGUCCGCCAAGAGGCACUCCGUGGGCUACAAGCUGUCCCGUCUGUUUCGUUCCUGCCUGUACUUCUUCCUGUCCUGCCUGUUCUUCCACACUGUGGUGGUUCUGUACGGAGCGCCGCUGAUUGAGUCGGCCUUGGAGACGUUCUCCCUCGCCGUGCUGCUGACGUCUUUAACCACGCUGAGGUGUCUCUGCGUCCUCGGCCCCAACGUCCAGGCCUGGAUACGAGUAUUCAGCCGGCACGGAGCGAUGUCUGUGUGGGACACCGCUCUGCAGAUCACGGUGGCCUGCACCUUGGUGGGAGCCUGGGUCGGAGCCUUCCCCAUCCCUCUGGACUGGGACAGGCCUUGGCAGGUUUGGCCCGUUUCCUGCAGUCUGGGCGCUACCGUGGGCUUCCUCUCCGGCCUGGUUGCAGCUCCUGCGUGGAUCCACUAUCAUCGCAAACAGCUCACGUACAAGUGCAAGUGACGGACGGACAUGUGGGUUUCUGUGUGUGUCACCACGAGGGUAUUUCUCCUGUUGCUGCCAUAUUCCUUUAACUUUGUACUGCAUAUUUAUUGGGAGCGUUCACUCCCCUUGCUGCCUGUAGGAAAGAUGAUUUUGUAAAAGCACAAGAUGUUUGCAUGGAGGCCGAAUAUGUACCUGACGAUUUCUGACAUGAAUGAAGCAAUACUUCUUUAUUGGAUUUUUUUGAUUAAAGGGUUAGAAAUGUUCUCAA